UAUAUAUAUAUAUACAGUUUAUAUAUUGCGUAUAUAUAGCCGUAAAUACACUCACACUCGCACACAUACACACAUAAAUACAUGCCACACGCUCAAACCAUAAGCCUAUUUAUUUGUAAGUCUUACAGAAACGACAGAAAAUCCCUCGAUCAAUGACAUUCAUUUUCUCCCACGCGCCGAUCUCAUUUAUUUCCUAUGGCUCUUUAAUUUGUUACCAAGAAAUACGCUUAUUAGAAAAAAAAUAUGAAAUUUCAAAAUAGCACAGUCUAAUAAAAAAAGUAAGGAAAGGGUAAUCAGGCACGUCACUCUUUGUUUUGAGAAUGACAGAAGAAAAAUGUAAAAUAAAUAUUUAGGCCUAAAAUUGAUUACCAUUCUUUUGAAGCUCGGUGGUGGCGUUUACAUUUGAAAAAAGAUAUCGUCGUAAUUAAUAAUAUCCCAUUUAAGAUUUUGAUUGCUUUUGAAAAAUCUUAUUGGUAGAACUGUAAUCAAUACUUGUCUCUAUUUACUAGCUUUAUAAUAAAUAUAAUGGAAGCAGAUGCUCUCUAAGAGCUGUAGAGAAAAAACCCACCAGUAAAUCCUCACUUGUAACUAAGAGAUUAGACGCCUGUUAUUCUUUUUUCCUUUUACAGUAUCUACGUCUAAAUUGAUGUUAUUUGACAGCUCUCUCGAGGGAAGAUUCCCUGGAAGAUCGCACGAAGGAUGACAUGCUAGUUCUUCAAUUAAAUGGUUCUCCUAAUAGGCACAAUUCCAGGCUUUUGAAGAUGGGUAAUGCUAACAGUGUUGAUGCCCCAUCUCCCGAUGAUCAACAAAUGACAGCCGUCAGACGGCAUCACUCCGCCGGCGAUAUGCUCCAAGCUCAGAAGGAGGAGGUUUUAUUAAGAAGACGAACGAGGUCAAGUCGUCGAUCGAGACCUAGAUCAGAGGGUUGGUCUAGUUAUGGGAAUGGAAAUGCCUACGAAAAACUUGAGCGCCUUGGUGAAGGCUCCUACGCUACUGUUUACUCUGGUAUUAGUAAAGUUACUGGUCAGCAGGUAGCUUUAAAAGAAGUUAAGCUGCAAGCCGAAGAAGGAGCACCGUUUACUGCUAUAAGAGAAGCCUCUCUUUUAAAGGCCCUUAAGCACGCAAAUAUCGUUACUCUACACGAUAUAGUGCUAACUAAACAUUCUCUGACCUUCGUUUUUGAACGACUGCACACUGAUUUAUCCCUGUAUUUGGAAAAUAGAGCUCCAACGGGCAUGAACAUUUACAACAUUCGAUUAAUGUUCUUUCAACUACUUAGAGCACUGUCUCAUUGUCAUCAAAGGAGAAUUUUGCAUCGGGACCUAAAACCUCAUAAUGUCCUCCUAUCUGAAGCCGGUGAAGUUAAACUUUGCGAUUUUGGCCUCGCUCGAGCGACGAGUGUACCUAGUCAUACCUUCUCUCACGAAGUAGUAACUCUUUGGUACAGGCCCCCCGACGUCCUCCUGGGCGAUACCAAAUAUACUGCGGCCUUAGAUGUGUGGGGGGCUGGCUGUAUAUUGACUGAAAUGACUAGCGGAAGACCAACUUUUCCUGGGGCAAGAGACGCUAACGACCAAUUGCAUAGUAUCUGGGGAGCCUUAGGGGUACCAGAUGAAACAAGUUGGCCAGGAGUCACCUCGCUCCCUCUUUGGCCAAAGAAACCUCCAAAGUUGCCUCCUACCGUAGGCUUAGCGGCCCAUGUUAGAGGUAUGGUGAAGGCACGACAUUUGCUGUCGUUAGCCGAACAGUGCCUUCAGCAGAAUCCGUCAAAGAGAUUGUCGUCACUUAAAGCUUUGACCCAUCCUUUCUUUGACGCCUUACCUCCCGGUGUUAAGGCCCUUCCAGAAACCGCUUCGGUUUUAUCAGUAAGGGGAGUUUGCUUGCAAGCGGAGAGAAAUGAUUUGGGCUCUCUGCAAACUCACGUCAGUCAUGUCUGAUUUAUACAAAUCGAGCUUUUUGCCCCUUUUCACGCAUUUAUAUAAAAAUGUAUAAGUAUAAAUAUUGCAUAUACUUAUAUUUCUAUUGUCAUUUGUUUAUAAUUAUAUCUCAAUGCACUAGUCGAACGUUUUACUUUCCUUCAGUUACUUAGUCAAUGAUUUUAUGUUUGGUGUAAGGCGUUGCAUUAGAUCGAGACGAAUACAUUAUGGUUUAAAGAAUGUUUGUGGUUUGAACCUAUCACCGAA